CAAAAAUGAACGACAUAUGUUUAGGAAUCAAUAUCAAAUACUAACUAUUUAGUAUACAUAUAACAUCUAAAGAAUCAUUUGGCGAGACUUAAGAUAAGAUGGCAGUGUCAUAUUAUAGUCAAAAGGAAUUAAUAAAAGAAUGAUAGAAAGAAUAAAGGGAGACCACCAGUACUGAUGCUAAAACAGUGACAAUGGAAAAUUGUUCAAAUGCGCUCCCUUUCACAGAACAUUUUUAUGCAGAUAUAUCCUCAGACGUUUAUUCCAUUGUUUUCCUAACCCUGGUUUGUAUUCUGGCUGUUGUAUGUAUUUUGAUCUUCCUGGAAGAGGUUUGGUAUUUGCGACGCGUGUAUUCAAAAGAUGAGGUGAAAUUGCAACGGCGUGUUAUAAUGCUAGGGUUAUAUCCAGUAACAGUAACAACAUCGUUGAUAAUUCUGUUGGUUCCAAGAAGCACCGUUCUCCUUGAUCUUGUCGCGUCAUGUUAUCUUACUAUUUGUUUCUACACUUUCCUGUCGCUUAUUAUUGACUAUUUUGGGGGAAAAUAUAAAAUGAUGGAACUGUUUGAAGGGACCAAGAUCCAAUUAAACACGCCGCCAUGCUGCUGUUGUUGCUGUUGUGUCCUUAAACCGGUAAAAAUGAGAAGAACGCCUUUGAGAAGAUUAAGGUAUUGCUCUUUGCAAGUUGCCAUCAUCCAACCUUUGUUAGUGUUCUUAGCGGCGGUCCUGUGGACAGAUGGAAAAUACGAUGGAGGAAUGACAAGCGCAUCAAGUAACACAUAUAUAAGUAUUUUAGAGACUAUAAGUACGCUGACUUCCGUAUAUGCCACAAUGGUUAUCUAUCGGGCCUCCAGGGAUCAUCUCAAAAUGUAUUUACUCUGGAUGAAGUUUGCCUCGUUCUACACUAUGUUUAUUGUUAGCAACAUCCAGCAUCUUGUGUUUGGAAUACUCUCUAACUUCAAUCUUCCUGCAUGUGUCGGUACAAGAGGAACAAAAGUUAGAGCAAAUGCUUUGAAGCAUACACUAGUUGUCAUUGAAGCAUUCCUGCUAGCAUUACUUGCAAGGAAAGCUUAUCGAAGGGAUGAAACUCAAAUAGAAGGACCUGUAAGUGCUGCUGAAGCUGGAUUCUCUCCCUUUAGUGUCGUAACCGAACAGCCUAUGAGUACUGGCGAUAACUCAGACACUAGCUGUGUAGCUAAUACAAGUUAUUCACGAUACGGAGCAGACUCUGGUGAAAUUUUGAGAAGUGAUAAUGAUAAUAAAGGAUUAGGUAAAAACACUAAUCAGACUGAAGUUCAACAUAAUUCGGAAUGAAACACUGUAUAUAUAUCUACGUCAGAAUUGUGUUUCGACCGUAUCACUGAAUGCUUAGCAGUUCUAUGAGAUUGCAUGAGAUCAUAAUUACAUGAUCAAUGGAGACAAAAAGCUCUUUUCAAAGUAGUAAAUGUAUUAAUAUGUUAUCAGUGUAAAUCAUGUUAUUUUAUUUCGAAUACCUUGUAAUCAAACAUUUCUGAAUGUAUUUUAUUUUCAUGGACCUCAAUAUUGACCAUGAUUAGAAUUUUGAUAAAUGGUAUGAUCAGAAUAUUAAUAAAGCGCUUUUCGAGUAGAAAGUAG